UCGAUUUUGUUUACAAUUUGCUUUUGCGCUGCAAGUGAUUGCAAACAGAAUUACGAGUGUAAUUUCUCGUAUUAAUUACUUUAAAUUGUGAUAAAUAUGUAGCUUUGCUUGAAACGUGUUCAUUAAUUAACCUUACAUUUAUUUAAAUGAAGUUAUAAAAUAAUUAAAAACAAAUAAUACACGUGUUUGUGAAGUUGGGUUAUCUUAGUUGAAUAACACAAAUUAUCACCGGUGAUUAUCACUUAAAAUGAGUGAUGAAGAGAGCAUGGACACUGAAUCCAACACAAAAUUUAAAGACGGCGUUAAUAAGAACGCUAGGUUGAUUGUAAAAAACGUAUCUUUUAAAGCCACGGAAGAAAGUUUAAAGGAGCAUUUUUCUCAGUAUGGCAAAGUUGAGGAGAUUAAGCUAUUAAAGAAACCAGAUGGCAAGCUUGUAGGUUCCGCUUUUGUGCAUUACACACAUGUUCCUAUGGCCAAAAAGGCAUUGUUUGGGACAAAUAAGAAACCAUUUUUAGGUCGCCCUAUAUUUGUUUCUUGGGCAGUGCCAAAACACAAAUAUGUUGAGGAAGAGAGCAAAAAAGGACAAAAGCAAAGAUAUUUUAAUUAUGAUGCAUCAAAUGAAGAAUCCAAACCUGAAAUUAAAAGUGAAGAUGAAACUGAGAUCAAAAAGGAAAUAAAAGAUGACAAAAAUCUUAUUAGAUUAAACAGGAAAGCCCGUCUCAUAAUCCGUAACAUAUCCUUCAAAGCUACUGAGGAUACACUGAAACAGCAUUUUGAACCAUAUGGAUCAGUACUGGAGGUCAGUUUGCUGAAGAAACCUGAUGGGAAGAUGGUUGGCUGUGGGUUCGUGCUUUUCAAGAAUGUGCAGAUGGCAAAAGAGGCGCUGGCUAAUACUAAUAUGAAGCCAUUCUUAGGUAGACCAAUAUCAGUGGAUUGGGCAGUGCCCAAGAACCAGUACAUGCGACAUGUGGUCAACCAACAGACAGAGAUGGAAGAUAAAAUCAAGAAAGAGGAGUCUGACAGUGACGAUGACACCCCCAUCAACAUAUCCACUGAUGAUGUCAAGGAUAAGAUUAAAAGUGAAUCUGAAGAGAGUGAUGAAGGAAGUGAUUCAGAUGAAGAAAAGGUUAAAUCUGAAGACGAAAAUGAUGAUAGCGAGGGUGAUGACAGUGAUGCUGAGGAUGAUGAAGAUGAAGAGUCUGGGGAUGAUGAUGAAAAUGAUGGUGACGAUGAUGAUAAGAGUGUUACGAGUACACAACCCGAUUUUCAACGGACAAAGUUAAAUGACGCAGAAGACGGUUGCACAGUGUUCCUAACAAACAUACCAUUCAGUGUUGACAACUCUCAGCUGAGUGCGUUUGCGGAGCGCACCGGCCCCGUCAAAUACGCCCUCAUAUGUGUUGACAAAAUGACAGAGCACUCUAAAGGAACAGGAUUUGUUAAGUUUGUGAAUAAAGACGACGCAGAGAGUUUUCUAGCUCUCCCAGCAGACCAGUUGCGACUUGACGGGCAAGUGCUGCAAGUCAAACCCGCACUGAAGAGAGAAAACCUGCAGAAGGGAGACAAAAAACAACCCAAGGACAAUAGAAAUCUGUACCUUGUUAAAGAAGGAGUGAUCGUGGCGGGAACGAAAGCGGCGGUCGGUGUAUCAGCAUCGGACAUGUCAAAACGAUUGACACUAGAACGCAGCAAGACGCAGAUGCUCAAGAACUUGAACAGAUUCGUAUCCCGCUACCGGAUCGUGGUGUCCAACUUGCCGCCGAACUACGACGACAAUGCGUUGCGACGCAUCUGCGUGCGCGCGGUGGGCUCGCGCGCUGUCAUCACGGAGGCUAGAGUCAUGCGCGACCUGAGAGCGCCGUUGGGCAGAGAUGGGAAACACCCGUCAAAGGGCUACGGGUUCGUGAUGUUCACUCGCCACGAAGAUGCGCUCGCGUGUCUACGCAAGCUGAACAACAAUCCCGACAUUUUUGACAAAAACAACAGACCCAUAGUAUCAUUCUCGAUAGAGGAUAGAACAGCGUUAAACGCAAGAAAGAAAAGGUUAGAGAAGUCAAUAGCAAACAAUCCACUAGCGAAACAAGACAAAGAACAAGAGAACACACGUAAAAACAGAAAGAGAAAGCACAAUUCUGCACCUGAUGAAAGUUACAUGAAAAAGGGAAGAUUCGACAAGGAAAAGCAAGAUAGCAAGAAUGACAAACAAGAUAACAACAAGAAUUGGAGGGAAUUUAGAAAGAACAAUAAAUUUAAUAAGAAUAAUAAUCAAAACGGUCCAAAUAAUGUGGGACAGUUCGUUAGAAAACCUGUCGAUGAUUUAGAAUAUGCAGGAUUAACGGCAAAAGAGGGUAGUCAACACAAAAUGAGAAGUAACCAUAAACUAAAGACCCAAGCGGACAUCCAUAAACAAAAUGUCAAACAAGAGAAGAAGACUAGCAAGAGAACGCAGAGGCUAAAGAUGGCCGCCCGCGAGAGAAUUAAACAACCGAAACAGAAGAUUAAUAAGAAUAAAAUCGGUAAACGUAAUAAGAAAAGGAGGUUCAAUAAUGAAUUAAUGUAAAUUAUUGUAAUUUUGUAAAAUAAAUAUGUAUU